GAAAAUCCCAAAACAUUUUGAAAGGACCACCAACCCAACUUUCCCAUCCUCCACAAUAAUAAUACCACCAUUUCACCAUCCUCCUUUUAACUUCCCUCAUACCCCCAUUACCACUUUCAUUUAUAUAUAUUCUCCUCCCUAAGAAACAUUCAUCUCCUGCCUUGAAUUAGCAUCUGAUCAUGGAGAUGAAUCUCCCCAACGGGUUUGGAGCAGCCGAGAAAAAUAAUGGCGAAGAGAAGAAGAGGGAAGACCAGAAGCAAGGAAGCGAAGAUGACAACAACGACAGCGAUAGUGAUAGCGACAUGCCGUCGUCGUUGAGCCUUAGAGAACUUUCCAAGGUUAUACUUCCACCUUUGGGAGUUUCAAGCUUCACUGAUGGCAGUAAUAGAGUUAAGUCUAAUAGAUGGAUCAUCUCUCCCAUGAGCUCAAGAUACAGGUGGUGGCAGUCGUUCAUGGUUGUUUUGGUUUCUUACUCGGUGUGGGUUUACCCAUUGGAAGUGGCGUUUCUGGACGCAAUUCCCAGGCGAAAAUUAUUAAUUGUUGAUACUGUUGUCGAUCUCUUCUUCGCCAUUGAUAUUGUCUUCACCUUCUUCGUUUCUUACAUUGACCAUCGCACUCAGCUUCUCGUUCGUGAUUCUAAGAAGAUAGCUAUCAGGUACUUGUCCACAUGGUUCUUGAUGGAUUUGGCAUCAACAAUCCCAUUUGAUACACUGGCCUAUCUGUCCACAGGCAAAUAUGAUCUUUGUCUCCCUUUUGCCCUCCUAGGAUUGCUAAGAUUUUGGCGAUUGCGACGUGUCAAGCAAUUUUUUACCAGGCUUGAAAAGGACAUUAGAUUCAGCUACUUUUGGGUUAGAUGUGCUAGGCUCCUAUCUGUCACUUUAUUUUAUGUCCACUGUGCCGGAUGCGUCUACUACUUAUUGGCUGACCGAUAUCCACAUGAAGGGAAAACCUGGAUUGGAACCUUAUUUCCAAAUUUCAAAGAGAUUAGCUUUGGAGUGAGAUAUACUUCAGCCAUGUAUUGGUCUAUCACCACAAUGACAACUGUUGGUUAUGGUGAUCUUCAUGCUGUGAACACCGUGGAAAUGAUCUUUAUCAUUUUCUACAUGCUCUUCAAUCUGGGGCUUACUGCUUACUUGAUCGGUAACAUGACAAACUUAGUUGUUGAAGGAACUCGCCGCACAAUGGAAUUUAGAAACAGCAUUGAAAUGGCAUCGAACUUUGUUAACCGGAAUCGCCUGCCUUCGAGGUUGAAGGAACACAUAUUGGCAUACAUGUGCUUGAGAUUCAAGGCUGAGAGCCUAAACCAACAGCAUCUGAUUGAACAGCUUCCAAAGUCAAUUUGCAAAAGCAUAUGUCAGCAAUUGUUUUUGCCGACCGUGGAGAAAGUCUACCUCUUCAAGGGUGUUUCAAAGGAAACACUUGUGGUGCUGGUAGCGAAGAUGAAAGCCGAGUAUAUACCGCCUAAGGAGGACGUGAUAAUACAAAAUGACACUCCUGAUGAAGUUUAUAUCAUUGUGUCUGGGGAAAUUGAAAUUAUUGACUGUGAGAUGGAUGUGGAACGGAUUGUUGGGACGCUACACUGUGGCAGUAUGUUUGGGGAAGUAGGAGCACUUUGUUGCAAAAACCAAAGUUUUACAUACAGAACCAGAACUCUUUCACAGCUCUUGAAGCUGAAAACAAGUGUAUUACAGGAAGCUAUGAAUUUCAAACAAGAAGACAGUAUGGUCAUUGUCAAGAACUUCCUUCAGGAGCGUGAGCUCAGCCACAAAAUCACCAUAGAAGGCUCACCCGAAAAAGAGGUGCCGACGCUGAUCGAAGAAAAGGAUCAAAGUUUCAACUGGAAACACUCCAUUGAAUUAGAUUUUGCUAGAGUGAACAUAUACAAAGGCCAUCCAGUAGCCAGAAAACAGGCUUCUUGUGAUGAUCCUGGAAAGCUGAUCAGAUUGCCACAUUCAAUGGAGGAGCUCAAAAAACUUGCAGGUGAAAAGUUUGGAUUUGAUGCAAGAAAUGCUGUUUUGACAAAUGAAGAAGGCUCUGAAAUUGAUUCUAUUGAUGUGAUAAGGGAUAAUGAUAAGAUUUAUUUUUCAUAGUUGCAGAUGAUGAAUCCUUGUAAUCUGAGGCUAUGAAAAUAAAUAGCUAUUCGAUAACCAAGGGAGAUUUUCCCCUAAAAAAUUAGAGAAAAAAGGGGAAAAGUUGCUAAGCAAA